GAGUGCUCUGCACAAAAAACCUCUCCCAAGGGGUAAAACUGUUCUCGGGCGCUAGAAUUCAAUUUUCUCUUUUUGUUAUUCAUCUCAAGAAUCAAAUGCUUCUUAGAUCCACUUUUUCAAGAAUCCAUAAAUAUGAAUUCUUUAACAAUUUCUGCAGUCUUGCGAACGUAAAUUCAUUAAUUUUGGACUCAGAAACCGCAAUUUCUCAGUCAAAAUUGAAACCCUUUUCAUCGGAGGAUAAGGCAUCAGAAAAUGCUAAUGUUAUCUCCUAUUUGAUAAAUUCCUGUGGGUUAUCUCUAGAGAAGGCUACUUCUUCUUCCAAAAGGGUGCAUUUUAACUGCCCAGAAAGACCAGAUGCUGUUCUGAAUUUUCUUACGAAACAUGGAUUUAGCAAAUCGCAAAUUACCGAGCUUGUGAGGAAACGGCCUUUGCUUCUUUUAUCCGAUCCUGAGAAGACCCUUUUGCCCAAGAUUGAGUUUUUCUUGCAGUCCACUGGAGUUGCGAAAGCCGACCUUUUAAGAACCAUUUCAAGAGACCCUACAUUCUUGACAAGAAGUGUGGAGAACCAACUUAUACCAAUUUAUAAUUACCUCAAGGAUAUAAUCGGAGAUGAAAAGGUCGCGACUCUUUUGAGGCGUGGUUCGUGGGUUUUUCAUCGAGCAAUUGCAAAGAGACUUAUGCCGAAUGUGGACUUUUUGCGGGCAUUUGGAGUUCCCAGUUCGUUUAUUGCAUUAGUGUUGUCAAAUUUUCCAGAAGCCAUCGCUCAAAAACAUAACCAUCUCAAAGAAAUUGUUGCGGAGGUGAAGGAAAUGGGAUUUGAUCCAUUGAAAUCAACGUUUGUAUUGGCAUUACAUGCUCGUUCAGGGGAGGGUAAUAGGGCUUUAUGGGAAAAUUGCUAUGAAACUUACAGGAAAUGGGGUUGGUCGAAGGAUGAUAUUUACAUGGCAUUUAGAAAACAUCCUCACUGUAUGCUUUUGUCUGAAAAGAAGAUCUCUGGAGUUUUGAGUUUCCUAGUUAGUGAGAUGGGAUGUGAGUCCAGAAUGAUUGCACAUUAUCCACAUCUUCUGUUCUACAGUUUGGAGAAGAGGAUUAUCCCCAGGUGCUCGAUUGUUCACCUUUUGUCCUUGAAGGGUUUAGUUAGGAAAGAUAAGAGCUUGACCACUAUAUUGUGCCCUGCAGAGAAAUAUUUCUUGGACAAGUUUGUGACUAAAUAUGCUGAGGAAUUACCUCAACUUUACGACAUUUAUAAAGGGAAGGCAGUGGUUCCAGAAGUAUAACUGAGUUAAAAGAGUUCGUUUCUAACUUGUUGCCACUCUCAUUAUUUGCAACAAAUUAUUGUGUUAUGAUAGUUAUUUUCUGUCUUCAUAUAGCGUCUUGCAGCGAUUAUUCAGCCAAGAUUGAUUAUGUAGGCAACUCUCUUGAUCUUGAUGUCGAAACAAGGGUGUUUAAUUAUAAUUUAGAGGGCAACUAAACUCCAUUUUUGACUCUUGAAUCAAUGAAUUUACUGAUUGUUCUGAACCAGGCACGGUCGCACUUGCUUUUUGCUUAAUGUUUAGAGAUGAUGUUGUAGGACCGACUCCUACAACUUCCAUGUAAUUGUUAAUUAUUUUACUUCGAAAUGAGAUUCUGUGAAAUGUCUUUUGCUC